GCUAGACGUUAGCAGUUCAGAAAUAUCUUGACUAAAUCCGCCGUUUCCAAAACUCAAUUGCCUCCUAUUACCUAAGAAUCGGUUUCACCGCUCACUUCAAUACCGCAUUGUUCUUUUUAAAACCAAAGUGACCUAUCACCAAUAACCAAACUGUAAAAUAAUCCCUACAGUACUUCCCUUCCAAGCAUUUGCCAAGGAGGAGCAUUUCCUCGCUUUGCCAAUUUCGAGCUUUUUCCUCCGUCACCCCCCUCUCUCUAUCAAAAAAAAAGGGGAAGAAAUGCCGAGCCAAGGAACCCCGCGAGGUAGCACCACUCGCCUCCACGGCCUGGACUCGUACAUCACGGAACCAGCCGACGGUCGCUCCAUCGAGGGCGUCGUCGUGGUCGUGUCGGACGCUUUUGGAUGGGAGUUUGAAAAUACCCGGUUGCUGGCCGACCACUACGCCGACAAGGGUGGGUAUCGCGUAAUUGUGCCUGAUUUUCUCGGGGGUGUGGCACUGCCGCCGUCGACGGUCGAGUCGCUGCGUGGAUUUUUUGGAGGGAGUCUGCUUAGCAAGGCUUGGUCUGCUAUCUGGCUAUUACUAUCAUGGAUCCCAUUCAUGGUGUACCACAACCUCCUUCGCCGCACCUCCCUCACCAGCACCGUAGCGACCUUCUUUUCAGCAGUUAGCCACGGCCCCGAGGCCAUGCGCGGGCUGCCCGUGUUCGCCGCUGGCUUCAGCUGGGGCGGUCGGUACGCCCUCUCGCUGGCCUCGAUGCCCAACCCGCCCGUGAAGGCCGUCUUCGUCGCUCACCCGUCGCACGUGACCGUCCCGGACGACCUGGCCCGGCUCGCGGUCCCGGUCUCGUUUGCGCUGGCCAAGGAGGACCACGCGCUGGGAGGAGACAAGCGGAUCGCAGAGGUCGAGCGGGUCGUCGGGAAGAGUGCGGCAAAGUGCGAGGUCAAGAAGUACAGCGCGGGACAUUCCUUUUGCGUCCGGGCUGAUUUUACAGGCAAGGAUACCUCGGCGCAGGCGGACGAGGCGGAGGACCAAGCUGUCGAGUGGUUUAGGUCCCACUCUGCGUAAAAGCAACGGCUUGGAUGUGGUUGGGGUGUGUUUGAGAAGGGGAAAAGGGGCACAAGUGCAUUUGGUCACUGGAUGCACUAGGUAGGUAUCGACGUGUGAGUAUUCUUUGUAACCAAGGCUAUAAAUACAUCAUGUCGGCUUCCUUGCAAUGACCCAGAGGAAGACGGACUGCUCAUCCUCGCGCCGAAGCUCCUCGACCACGAUCUCAAACCCGACCCCCUUCAAUGUGCGAAGCGUCUCAUCCGCUCCAAGCCCACUCCAGUACAUCCAGCCCUUUUCGUGAUCCAGCCACUUCUCUGUGACUGCGUCACCCAGCUCCUUUUCAGGAAAGUUGGCCAGGAAAUAAGAGCCAGGUUUCAACCAAUUAAAGAUGCGAGCCAUGAUCACCUGCUGCUCGUCCCACGGCAGGUGGAUGAUGCUAUAAAAGGCUAGGGCGGCGUCAAACGUUGCGUCCGGGAACUGCAGGGCCAUCAUGUCGCCCUCGUGCCACGCAACCCUCUCCGGUCCGAACCCCUGCUUCUGGAGAUUCGCCUUGCCGGCCGCGACCUGCGAGCUGGACAUGUCGUUGGCUGUGACGUGGGCCGAGGGUAGGGUGGCUAGCACGUGCUCGGUCACUGGGGUUGCGGCCCCGGCGCCGAGCUCGAGGAUGCACAGCUUGGCUUCGGGGCCGCCGGGGAUCAGGUCGAGGAGUUUGUUGACAAACUCGAGCUUGACUCCGGCGUGGUCUCUAGUCCAGUCCGUGUAGGUUCCGGAAAUGACGUCAUAAGACUGCUUGAUGCGCGCCUUGAGGUCGGGAGGGAUUGUGGAGUCUUUGGAGGGUUGGACGGGGUCUGCCAUUGUGCUUUUGUAAUGGUUCUUGCAAGGCCUUGGAAUUUUUUUUUGUUUCCUGAAUUUCUCUUGUAGGGUCUAACUUUGCGGGAAUGAAAUGUCACUUUAUAACCUGAUGGCUUACAUGCCUCUUCAAGUAGAAGUACACCCAAAUACUUGUCAAAUUCAAGUUGGGAUUUU